AUGUGUAACAAUUAUCAGGUCUACGGCGAUUUUGGACUGAAAAAUGAUGUUAGUUUCAACCAGUUAGUUACGGAAAUGCAAGAAAGACAGUUCGAUAUGUUUCUACAUGUUGGGGAUAUCGCGUAUGAUUUACAUGACGAUUAUGGCAGAACGGGAGAUAAAUUUCUUAGAAUGAUUCAACCUUUAACCACAACAACACCUUACAUGGUCUUACCCGGUAAUCAUGAGCAUUAUAGCAAUUUCUCUCAAUACCAAAAUCGUUAUGCCGGUAUGGCAGCUGGCGUUGGUAUCAACAGUGGUAGCAAUACAAACUUAUGGUAUAGCUUUGACCAGGAUAACAUCCACUUUGUUGCGAUCGAUACGGAAGUUUACGCGUACUAUUCGGAUCCGGUACAAAUUGAACGCCAAAUAGAAUGGCUAGCUAAAGAUUUAAAGAAGGCCAAUGAGAAUCGUGAUAAAACUCCAUGGAUCAUUAUGUUGGCCCAUAAGGCAUGGUGGAUGGAUCGCACAGAUUUCUCGAAAUUCUCUCCAUUGCUGCAUAAAUACGGAGUCGACUUAUUUAUCUGUGGACAUCAGCACAAUUAUCAACGUCUUUAUCCAAGUAAGUCUAUCUUUAGGAUUUAUGUGUACAUUUAA